CAAUGGUUUAUUUAUUUUGUUACCUCUUUCAUCUUCCUCUCACCUCAAGAAAUCAAUUUUUGCCUCUUAAGAUAAAGCCACCGUUAGCCCACAAUCUAUAAUUUCCCCCAAAAUCAUUCCACAUUUCCCCGUCGACCUAUCUAUUUUUCCUUUCUAAUCAACAUUUUGGAUUUUUUUGAUUUGUUCUCUGAUUUCUUACAUGCAUGCUUAUUGCACUAUGUAUAAUUUUCCAGCAGCUUUUGAAGGCAAAUGGGGUUUGUAGCCAGGAUGUUUGGAGAAGAAGCUUCUCCAUUGAAACCCCUUUUUCCCUGUUUCAUUUCAAUUUCUAUCUAAAAAGGCAAAGGAGCAAUACUUGGGAAAUCUUGCGGUGCUUUCUUCUGCAUUUUGCUUUAUAUCCUAGUGAAAGGUGGUUCCUUUGGCUGAUGGGAACUAAAAUGAAGGGGAUUUACAAAGGAUUUAAAUAUACUCUGUCUCAAAUCUUUGUUGUGAAGGAGCGUGAGAUGGAAAUUGGAAACCCUACAGAUGUGAAGCAUGUCGCUCACAUUGGCUGGGAAGGCCCUUCUGGAGGUGCACCCACUUGGAUGAAUGAAUUCAGGGUAGGGGCCGAUUUUGCAGCGAGCUCGAUUGGUAAAUCUGGCUCGGCUCUUUCUCCGUGGUCUUCUCAUGAUUUUGGCGAGUCCACGGGCCAACAAUCGGAGUCUUUUAAGGAUAUGCCAAUGCCAUCACCCGAACUUCCUACUCUCAAGAAGAAGGAGAAACGUAAGAAGUCAAAGUCAACCUCUUCACCAAAAUCGAGCGCUUCUUGUUCGUCCAGGACUUCAAGAAGGGGAAAAUCGAAAUCCAAAUUCAUCGAGAGCGGUUCAAAUCCUGCGAAUAUCCAAGUGGCGUGAGAGUAGCCGAAAACUCCCUUGACCGGUCAAAGUUCUCGAAUGUCAUCGGACUUUUUUUUUUCCUGGAUGCCCAAGGCAUUGAAUGUGACAAUGGUGCAAAAAAUUAUUGUUUUUUAUUUUUAUUUUUAU